AUGGCUGCAAAUGGCGGAGAUUCGUCUGGUGGUGCGCUUUCUGAGACGCUCACCAAAAUCAGAGAAGCACUCGAAGUAGUACAUAGCCCAUACUCGACAAACGAUGCUCGAAGACAGGCCCAAGACUUUCUCGAACAAAUCAAAGACUAUGCUGAAGCUCCUCUACAAGGCUUUAGUCUCGCGACCGACAAGUCACAGCCCCCCGUUGUCCGCCACUAUGCACUCUCUUUGCUGGAACACGCGAUUCGAUACCGAUGGAGCUCAUAUAACGAGGAACAAAUUGUUGCUUUACGAAACUGGGUAAUAGAGCUUGGCCAGGCCAUCUCGCUAAGCGAUCCGGCUUAUAUUCGCAACAAAACCGCGCAGCUCUGGGUUGACGUAGCUAAGCGCUGCUGGGGUGCCGAAUGGCUCGAUAUGGAUACCAUGCUGGUUCAGCUUUGGCAGGUGCCUGAUUCGCCCGCCCACAAGGAACUGGUCAUGUUUAUUCUGGAGACGCUGUCGGACGAAGUAUUUGUAGGCGAUGAUCCGGUGGUAGCAAUGCGCGAAGGUGUCCUUAGCAAGGCUUGCGUCGAAGUGUUCACCCCGACAGCUGUGCUUGUCGAAGCUUUUCCUAACCGUCAAGCUGGUCCUACUGUGAGAGAAGGCCAUGAUGGAUGGAUCACUCGGAUUUCGCAAUUUCUCGAGCUUUGCCUCUCAUCUAACCCCAACAACAAUGAUGAGGUCAAAUCCUGCACAAUCAAAGGCUUUUCUGCACUGCUCUCCCUUAUGCCAUGGGCAAUCCCCAAAGCAGUCGCAGCAGCAUCUUGCGUUCGUGUCAUGUGCACAGGAUUGGCCUGUACUGUUCCAGAAAUUCAAAAGAGUGCACUAGAUGCACUCCAUUCUCUAUAUUGCCGAGUCAAUUUUACGGACGAGGAAUUCCGCGACCUUGUUGCUCCAAUGUAUACUGCGGAGUCUAUUCGACUUUUCUCGAACCUGCUUGAUUGGGCAGCUGUCGACCCAAAUGACAUCGAUGACGACAAAUACCAGGUGCUAAAGAAGCUCUCUGAGAUGCUCUCCAGUAUUGGCGAUUAUUUUGAACGGAAGUACUCUCAGCUACCAGAUAAUGCGUCCAAGGGGGAUUUUCUACACCUCCUUGUUCGCGUAGUUCAAAACCAGAGUUUGAUGGUCUCUAUUCCUGUGCUCCUUUCUUGGACCAAAAUUCUUAACCACAGAGAAAUUGGGAACUCGGAGCUCGUUUCCUCUGUCAUUGGCCCGUUGCUUGAGGUUUGCAGCUCCCGCAUGGUUCGCUAUGAGCAUUUGCCAGAGGAUAACGAGGACCCAACUUUUCUGUUUUUACAGGACGACACGGACACCGUGCCUGAAAGACAUGCGUUUCUUGGAAACUACCGACGAUACAGCUCCCAGAUCAUUGAGGCAAUUGUUCAACUUAAACUUGUUGAAGCCGUAUCUCACGUUCUCGGGCAAACGGAAACCAUGUUGCAGCACCUCUAUGACAAUUCCCCUGCAUUCAACCGUCAAACAUAUGCCAAACAUUCUAUGCCUUCUCUCCAAGUCGAUUCCCAUUUUACAGUAAUUGAGGCGACGCUUAAAGGAUAUGUGAAAUGGAAAAAGUACAGUCAACAAGGCACUUCUCAAAAAGCGAUCGAACUCGAUGGCAAUCUAGAAGAAUGGUGCAAGAAGCUUCUUGACAUGAAAUUCGAGGAUCCGCUCAUCAGAAAGAGGAUAUUGCAACUUGCUGUUUACUUCUCUACCACAGCGCUAAAGCGCAAUGCAGGAUUUAUGCUCAAGGUCUUAGAACACAUUCUCAUGACUUGGCCAGCCCUGGACCCAGACAACCGCGCUUUCAACGACGCUAUUAAGGAUUUACAGAGCGAAAGCAUGGUAGAACUACAGCGCCUGGCUUCUGAAAUGCCAGACCAUCUUCUGGGUGUCUUUGAUCAAAUUGAGGGUAGAGUCAGCGAAAUGCUCUCUUCAGGUGACUUGGACGAAAAAAGGUCUCUUGCAUACAAAAGCUUCCUCUUCCUCAUCAUCCACCGAGCCAGCACGAUCGAUACGGAAACAAAAGUUAAUAAGCUACAGGGCUUCAUUAACCCAGUCAAAGAACAGUGGAAGAGUGACAGCAACAGAGCGCUUCUCCGUUCAUAUGACGGAUUCUGCGAGCAGCUUGCGCUAGAUAAAGCUCAGAACUACUUGGUGACACGCCGCGCCAACAAUGUUAAAGAUUGGGGCUCCCAUGAACUUGAUGCUGAAGGACUAGCGCUACAAAAUGAGUUAGAAGAGCGCUUGAAGUUGCUGCCUCUGAGAGCGACGAAGUCGUUCUUGGCAUUUUCCGUUGAGCGUCUCGACCGAAGCUCGGCUCCUUUCCAAGCAUCACAUGCUCUUUGGCGUGAUGGCUUUUCAGAGAUCUUGGCUGAUUUGCUGCAGCUUUUGAGCUUUGCCCAUGCUUCAUACAAUCCCGUAAACUGGUCACACAUCCCGGAGGAUAUGCGGCCAAUUGUUGGAAGAGUAUUAGCCGACCGAUUUUGGCAGGCAGGUAUCUCAGACGGCAGCAAAGACGACUUUUAUGCUCGUGUUGUCGACAAGAAGAACACACUUGAAGGCCUUGCUUCGUCUAUUCGUGGCUCAGUUCGGUUUGUCCGAGAGACGGCCUACGCGAUCAUAUACUGCAUGAGCCGCCUUGACUUGCAGUUUUAUGGCUUUGACGGCCUAUCCCAACCUCUCGCAAAUGCAUUAUUCACGGAUUCGACUUGGCUGUCCACCCACCAACAGACGAACCUGCUCAACCUUGUGCGCUAUUUAGUCGAUGAUUGCCCUGUUGAUUACCGAGAGCAGUUCCUACCCCAGCUCUUAGCUGCUUGCUUCCGUCAGAUGGAUGCCAAAAUUAAUGGCGAAUGGGAACAAAUGGCAGCCCAGCAAGCUAUUGCAGCAGAUGGUGAAGCAGGCUUAAAGGAAGAAAUGAAAGCAGAGAGUGUCCUACGACAAGUUACUUACACGGGCGUUGUCAUGGUCGCUGACUUCCUGGACCCUACCAAAGCUAAUCCGCCUACGCUGCAGGCACGUAUGCGCAAUGACUCAGCCGACGCUCCAGACCCUAAAGGGUUCCUAUCGCUACGCAAGUUCUGCUUGAGCAAGCAGGAGAUUGUGGAGCCAUUGCUGGUCUUUUGUCAGCACGGCAUUCGCAUGCGUGAUACGCGAUGCUCUGGGAUGAUUCUGCGUCUCUUCAUCUCGUUGGUUCCUGAAUUCUCACAUGGCAAUGAGGCGAAAAAGGUUGAAGGCGGGCAUGAUUCUUCUCGACAAGCAGGCGCAGCAGUCUCACCCGAGGCUGCGUCGGCGAUUCGCGAGUACAUUUCGAGCGAUGUGCUCAAAGCUUGUCUCACAUCCUUCCACGAGCCGUAUUUUGUGGAGGUCCAGAAAGAAUUGGCUUCGCUUAUAGCGUCCAUUCUAGUGCACUACACGCCGUUCACUGAGACCCCUAAGAAUGUAUUACUUUCACUACCCAACAUCAACCCAGCUGAACUAGAACGACUUUCGCCCUACAUUGAGAAACCGGGAUCUCACCUACGCCAACAACGAGCAAUCGUACUGGAGAUACUCAAGGACUUGAAAGGUGUCAGCGUCUCCGAGAUGGGUAAGCUAAAUAAAAAUUCUACAAAUGGGUCGUCGUCUAGCAAGCGGCCCGUGCGAAGCAAGAUGGCCCAAGGUUUCAUGAAUGCACCAGAGACCAAGGAUGGCGGCUUGACAAGACUGGAGAAUGCAGGUGGCCAACGACAAACAACACCAGACGGACUGGAUGGCGUAGCUAAUCUUUUUGAUGCGUAA